AUGACUGUGGAACACCUUCGAAUCAACAUCAGCAAUAUCCAUUGCCUGGAUUGCGAGUUCACAAUUAGACAAACCAUUGGCCAUUUCUUCACAUUGGUCGACUUUUCCUCCGAUACGCCCUCUGAUGUAGAAUCAUUACCUGCCAAUACUAUCUACUACAAGCUUCAGAAUAGCACGGCUGAUCUAUACUACAACAACAAAUACGAAUCCAAGACACUGAGACUCGAACAUGCUACUAAAUUGAUCAUAAAUGCACUCCACAAGAAUAGCUUUAUUACACUUUCGUGGGAGCUAACCAGGGAUGGUCGGCCAGUGAAAGCUUUCACUCAAGCCAAAGAAAGUGAUUCUCAUGCAAAGGAGACCGCCAUAUUGAAUGUCUGGAAAAGAUACAAGAAUCACCAAAUCCGUAGACACCAUGUUGAAAACUGUACCUUCUGCCAGGAGAAGGAGAAGGAAAAGGAAGCUACAAAGGAUUCUACAACAGACGACAACUCUACCGACAGCACCAUUCAGGUGGUGGUGGAUAAGCCACAACAAGAGUUCAGAACAGUAUUUGCCAUCAAUGGCAUGUCGUGCUCUGCGUGCGUGCAAUCGGUGUCGGAAGCGUUGGAAACCGUUCUUGGAGAACUGAAUAUCCAUCAGAAGGGAGACGAGCCAUUGUAUUCUGUCAAUUUGCUUCAGCACUCAGCAGUAGUGAUCUUGCCAAAUAAGCAGCUUGUCAAUAAGAUUGUUCAGACCAUCGAGGACGCUGGAUUUUCUGCCAGACUACUCGAGAUUUUACCGAUUCAGAGAACCAUAAACGAGAAGGUCACUGCGGUUAUUGGCGGAAUCACCUGCGCAGCUUGUGUGAACUCGGUGCUCUCAGCCGUGAAUGAAUUACCAUUCAUUCUUGACAGUGGUGUGAAUGCCGUGACGAAAUCUGGCCAGUUUGUGCUUGAGAAUGCUGAUGAUGGGUCAGAUUCAAACAUAAACAAGUUAAAGGAGGUGGUCGAGGAUUGUGGCUUCGACUUUGACCUCAUCAAAAAGGAAAAAAUUAAUUAUACCUCAAGCAAGAUUGUGUCCAGAAGCAUCAACUUCAGUAUUGAGGGAAUGUAUUGCACCAAUUGUCCUGAUUUAAUCAUGGGUUACUUGAAGAGUUUUGGAGAUGCUAUUGUCAUCGAGGAUCCUAUAACCUUGAACCAGCCAUUUGUCAAGUUUACUUAUAUUCCAAAUGUGGAGAACAAGGUGACCAUCAGAAGGUUUUUAUCUGACUUAAAUCACAUUCAGCCUCUGGAAGAAGAACCGGGUUACACCAUCAACACGGAGAAAGAUGGAACCUUCAAGUGUAGUUUGGUUGAGCAAGUUUCUAUCGAUGAGCAUUUGAAGAAAUUGGCCAAGCAAGAGACAUUCAACAUCAUUAAGAGACUCGUUUUGGCCACAAUUAUUGCGAUUCCCACAUUUGUAUUUGGAAUCGUUGGCAUGUCGCUUGUUCCUUCGCACAAUUCGUUCAGAAUGUGGCUAGAGCAGCCUCUAUGGACGGGAAACGUAUCCAGGGUUAUGUGGAUAGUGUUUUUCUUGAGCUCUCCAGUCUAUUUCUUUGCUGCCGACGUCUUCCACGUCAAAGCAAUCAAAGAAGUGCGUUCACUUUGGCUUCACAAGAAUUCUUUCAAGAAGAGAUUCUUUAAAUUUGGUUCCAUGAGCUUGCUAAUGUCCCUUGGUACAACAGUCUCUUACGUUGCCAGUAUCAUCUUGCUUAUUCUUUCGUCUCAACAAGAAGCAAAGUCAGGAAUGGGAUUUCAUACUACCUAUUUUGAUUCUGUGGUCUUCUUAACCUUUUUCUUACUUAUUGGAAGAUUACUUGAAAGUAUAUCCAAGAACAAGACGGCAGAGGCUGUUGCAGGCUUGAGCUCUAUGAAAGCUUCUACAGCAACCAUUGUCGAUCGUACGAAAAAUGAUGACGGAGCUUUCUCCUACAUUAAUGAUCAGAGCGUCGAUGUUCAAUUAUUGGAUUCGGGGGACUACAUCAAAAUUGCAACCGGCGAGUCUCCAGCUUUGGACUGUGUUCUCAUUGAAGGUUCUUCAGAAUUUGACGAGUCAGCACUUACUGGUGAAGCAGACCCUGUAAGACAUGACCCAGGCCACCAGAUCUAUUCUGGAACAGUCAACGUCGGAAACAAUUCGGUGGUGGCAAAAAUAUUGAGUGUAGAUGGCGAUUCACUAAUCGAUCAAAUUGUUAGCACUGUUCGUGAUGGACAGAUGAGGAAAGCUCCUAUUCAAAGACUUGCGGACGUACUCACAGGCUACUUUGUUCCUGUCAUUGUUUGCUUGGCUGUUCUUACAUGGAUAAUCUGGCUUGCACUUGCAUACUCAGGCUCACUUCCACAGAGCUAUCUUGACAUUGAUGUUGGUGGUUGGACAGUAUGGGCACUCGAAUUUGCAAUUGCAGUCUUUGUUAUUGCUUGUCCUUGUGGAAUUGGUCUUGCUGCGCCAACAGCUUUAUUCGUGGGUUCUGGUUUGGCUGCAAAGUAUGGAAUUCUUGCAAAAGGAGGAGGUGCUGCUUUCCAAGAUGCUGCACAAACCAAUUUGGUUUGUUUCGACAAGACUGGCACGUUAACAUACGGCCAAAUGAAAGUCACGAACUUUGCGUUUGUAUUGUCUCUGGUUGAUAGCGACAAGAAGGAUGCAACGAAACUAUUUGGAUUGCAGUUAGCCAGAGACUUGGAGUUAGCUUCCAAACAUCCAAUUGCCACAGCCGUGAAGGAGUUUGUUUCGAGUCACAACUUCAACGAUGCUAAAUUGACUUUGAGCUCUAACAAGAUCCCCAGCAUCGAAACUAUCCCCGGGAAAGGGCUUAAAGGAGCCAUUAAAUUCUUGACCCAAGAUGAGCAAUGGGCUGAAUACGAACCGAAUGAAGCUUUGCUUGGCAACGAAUCUUUGCUCAGAGACAAUGACGUUGAGAUUUCUCCCGCGCAGAAAGAAUUACUUGACUCCUGGAAAAAGGAGAGAAAAUCGGUGGUAAACGUUGCCCUCAAAUGCAAGAAACUCUACGGUGAUGCCAAGUUUCAUCUACUUGUAAUGUUGGCUUGCAGAGAUGAGGUCAGAGCUGAAACUAAACCGGUGAUUGAAUACUUGACAAAACAAGGAAUUGAAUGUUGGAUGAUCACAGGAGACAAUGGUCUCACAGCUAGCGCUAUUGGAAAAGAAAUUGGAAUUCCUAGUGACAGGAUCAUCAGCGAAGUUUUGCCUGACGAAAAACAAGCCAUGGUGUUGAAGUUGCAAGAGGAGGCAGGAAGAAGUGUUGCAAUGGUAGGCGACGGUAUCAAUGACGCUCCAGCCUUAGCCAGUGCCAAUGUCGGCAUCGCUCUUUCAACGGGAGCAGACUUGGCAGUCACAUCCAGUGAUUUUAUUCUACUUAAUAAGAGCCACCCUAUGGCUACAUUAUGCACCUUGCUUGAUCUUUCUAAGGUUGUGUUUCGGAGAGUCAAGUUCAAUUUUGGAUGGAGUUUGGUCUACAACAUGAUUGGAAUUCCUAUUGCGGCGGGCGUAAUUUAUCCAUAUAAUAACCUGAGACUCAGUCCCGUUUGGGCCAGUGUGGCCAUGGCCGCAUCAUCACUUAGUGUCGUGACGAGCAGUCUUUUGCUCAAAUUGUACCGUCCUAAGAUCAAGGCUAAAGAUUUGGGCAAGUUUGAACAGUCAAGUGAAGUGGCAGAAAUCCACUACUUAUAA